CUUCAGUCAGUGUCAACCGCCUGCAACUAUAGAAAGUAACAAAAAUAUUUUCAAAUGUACACACUCUGCUGCAUCUUGACAAUAAUACCUCAUAUCCUACCGGCAUUUUCAAAUACCACGAACAUCAGUACAUCUACGAGUACGGCGAAACCAAAGUCGGAGCAUCGCAUCGAAAACCAGAUUACUGUCGCCGCAAGGGACGUAGCAUACUAUCUGCGUGCUUACAAAUUCAACGAAUACGACAGGAGAUACGUCACAGAUCCAGGCAAAGGGAUAAGAGAGUAUUAUAAGAAGUUUCCCAAACCUCCAUUAAGAAGCUUGCACUGGGAAGUUGCUAGAUACUGUGAAGCGUCCUUCCACGAAUGCAUUGACUAUCUUGGGAAGAAGAACCAUUCAGUUCAAAUCAAUACAGUGGACGAAGAGUGUAAGAGGAUGAGGAAGGUCGAUGAUAUGGUGACAGAUCCUUUUGAAGGUCCAUUAGAGCGGUUCCAGUGGCGUACCACUGCCAGUUACUACAUGUGCAUGUACACGAUGCUACAAACAAAGGAGCUACGUCAACUACAUGACGAAACAUGCGACAACUACGCAAACUGUCUAGAAGGAUGUGAUAACAACGAUCCUAGAGCGGAUGACACCAAACCCUUUGCGUGUGCACUCUACAGUUUUUGCCCCGAUCCCUGCUGUUCCAACAAACACCUCAACAGUCCCGAAGAAUGUUGGAACAAUCCAGACAAUCCGUGUUCCAGGGAGAACGAACCAGGUCCUCACAGAAAAUGCUCCAUAGUCUUAGAUCGAAAUACAGAUUUCAGGUUCGUAGAUCCAAACUUGCUCAAUCUGUUCUACUUAGAGCUGAUAGUCAUUUAA